AGCCAACUGAGGAAAGAAGAAAAAAAAACAAAAAAAAGCCCAAGGCAGCUAGUUAGAGUUAGCUUACUGUUAUUAUUCAUUCUUACUUUUACAAAUUCACGUGUUUGAGAUCAAAAGCGCCGAGAAGAGAUCCGCGGUUACGUCACGUCUCCGGAACGGACAUCUGAAGGACCGUCCGCGGCGGAUCAAAGGAGCUGGGGAAGUGGAAAUGGAGGAGAUUCACCAGAGUGGUAGUAACGGCACUGAAUCACAACCUGUCACCAUCCCGACCACCAUCACAGCGUCUCAGUUAUCACAGAUCACACAGAUGACUCUGGGAGGAUCUCCUGUGGCUGUGGUGCAGCUCCCUGGAGGUCAGCUUCAGGUGCAGGGUGUUAUACAGUCUGCUCAAUCUUCAGUCAUACAGUCUCCUCCAGCACAUGCACAGGGUCAGGGUUCAGACAGUGAAGAUUCCCAGGAUUCGUCAGACAGUGGAACUUCGAACCAGAAGACACGAGAGCUGCUGGCCAGACGUCCAUCUUACAGGAAGAUUUUAAACGAUCUCUCAGCAGAGGAAGUAGCCACGCGUAAUGAGGAAGAGGAGGAGACCUUGGCGUCGUCCACCAUGACCACGGUGUCUCUGUCCACACCUAUCUACCAGACCAGCAGUGGACAGUACUUCGCAAUAGCGUCAAACGGCUCUUUGCAGUUAGCUGGUGCAGGCUCUGAUGGGGUUCAGGGCCUACAGACGCUCACCAUGACCAACUCGAACCCGAGCCAGCCCACUAUACUACAGUACGCUCAGACUGCAGACGGACAGCAGAUCCUCCUACCCAGCAACCAGGUGGUGCUGCAAGGAGCAGGGGGUGAGAUGCAGGCGUAUCAGAUUCGCUCCUCAUCAUCAGCUCUCCCUCAGACUGUGGUCAUGACAUCACCAGUUAUCAGCUCUCAGGGAAAGAGUGAUGAUCCUCAAAUGAAGAGGGAGAUUCGCCUCGCCAAAAACAGGGAGGCGGCUCGGGAGUGUCGGAGGAAGAAGAAGGAGUAUGUGAAGUGCCUGGAGAACCGUGUGGCCGUGCUGGAGAACCAAAACAAAACGCUGAUCGAAGAGCUAAAGACGUUAAAGGACCUGUACUGCGUCAAAACAGGCUAACACCUAGCUCUGUGUUAACAGACUGUACAUGCAGCUCUGCCUACACACACACACACCACACACACACACACACACACACACACACACACACACACACAAGUGUGUUUCCUUGGUUUUAUACUCCUUUUUAACUAACAGCUUAGAAAGUGCAGCUCUCUCUCUCUCUCUCUCUCUCUCUCUCUCUCUCACACACACACACAAACGCACACACA